AAGAAAAACCGGAAGCGGAAAAAACAAGCAGUCUCACCGCUCAUCUGAAGAAUGGGGAAGAUGGAGAAUUUAAUAUCAAUAAACUGCGUUCAGCUUCUCAUUACAGCGUUAUUUUACACAUGUAUAUCGUGCAGUUCUGUAGAACAGAAGAUCUACGUUGAACUCAAUGAAACUGCUCCGUGUGUCCGACUGCUGAACGCCACCCAUCAGAUCGGCUGCCAAUCUUCUAUAUCAGGAGAUACGGGUGUUGUUCAUGUGCUGGAGAGCGAAUCAGACCUGGACUGGAUCCUCAGCGCUGGUCCUCAUCCGCCCUACAUGGUCAUCAUGGAAACGGCCUUCUUCAACAGAUCCGUCAUGUUGAGCAUGAAGAACUCCUCCAGAGUGGCUGGAGUGGCUGUGAUCAUCUCUAAAACAGGCCUCGCUGAACACUUCUCUCCUCACACCACCUGCCCCAACCAGAACACAGGUGUGUAUUCUGCGAGUCGCGGCGCUGAGUUUGCGAACUGUAACGUGACCGUCUGGAAUCCUCUGGGAAACGGGUUAUCCUAUGAAGACUUCACUUUCCCUGUGUUUGCCCUGAAGGACGAGAAUCAGACACAGGUCAUCCGGAAGUGCUAUGAGGAUCAUAAUCUGCGUGUGAACGGCAGCGCUCCUCAGUAUCCGCUGUGUGCCAUGCAGCUCUUCUCACACAUGCACGCAGUGACCGACACCGUCACCUGCAUGAGGCGCACAGACCUGCAGAACAAAUUCAGCAUCAACCCAGAGAUUCUGUGUGACCCGUUGAGUGACUAUAACGUCUGGACGUCGAUUCCGGCCCUGAACAACAGCGUCAGGGGCCACGCGGAGGGGAAGAGCAUCGUCGUGGCAGCCGUGAGGCUGGACGGCAGGUCGUUUUUCUGGGAAGAGGCUCCAGCAGCGGAGGGAACCGUUUCUGCAAUUGUCACACUAUUGGCUGCCAUUCACGCACUCCGUCCUGUCACUCAAGUGGCUCCGCCCUCUCACAACAUCUUCUUCACUUUUUUCCAAGGGGAAGCCUUCGACUACAUUGGCAGCUCCAGAAUGGUGUUUGACAUGGAGAGAAACCAGUUCGUCAUGGACCUGGACAAUGUGCACUCAAUGCUGGAGAUAGGCCAGGUAAACGCACGCACGGGGUGGCGCGGCGGUCGGGACAUCUGGAUACACACUGACCCUGUGUCUCGUCGCAACAGCAGUGUGGAGGAGCAGGUGUCAGCGAUGAUCAAGACUUUAAAGUCCAGCGCUGCAGGUCUGAACAUUAAUCUGCAGGAGCCGUCGGUCAGUCAGCCGCUGCCGCCUUCAUCCUUCCAGCGCUUCCUGAGAGUUCGGCAGAUCCCAGGCCUGGUGCUGACCGACCACGAGAAGGCCUUCAACAACAGAUAUUACGAGAGCAUGUAUGAUGAUGCAGAAAACCUGAACGUCUCGUAUCCACCAAACCUGAGUCCAGAAAAGCAGCUGGUGUACCAGACGGAUGCUGCAAAGUCUCUGGCUGAAGUGGCCACGCUAGUCGCCCGCUCGCUCUACACACAAGCUAAAGGAAACCAGAGCACACUCAGCAACAUCACUGCUGAUCCCAAUAUGGUCUCUCAGCUGCUGUAUAGUUUUCUGGUGCAGAAGAAUAACAGCUGGCUUCGCUCUCUGCUUCCACCUGAAAUCACUAAAAAAGGAGGCAGCAGCAUUUUAAGUUCUGGUCCUCCUCUCUACAUCGGUCUGGGUCCGCGGCUGCAGAGUCCCGUUCACAGUGUGACGCUCUUCGUUCAGUACAUUCUGGCCAAUCUGACAGGCAACGCCACCAACUUGACGGAGAGCCAGUGUCAAAACCCCAAAGAGCUGAGCAGCAAGGACAGAGACGUAAGCACUAUACUGUAUUUCUGGGUGUCUGGUCCAUCGUCGGGGAACAGCAGUGCGGAUCCGCUGUGUGUGGAGGCGUCUGUACGUCUGUCUAAAGCUGUGUCUCCCGCAUUCGAGCUGCUGCAGUACGGAUCCUGAUACUCCACAUGGACUGAGUCCCGCUGGAAGGGCAUCCGCGCCAGAAUAUUCCUGGUGGCCAGCAGAGAGCUGGAGGGUAACACUGCACACACUGCUUAUCGCGUUAUUGUUGCUUUGAGAACAUCAGCCUGUGCAAUGUAA